UUGUCUCUUGAACAAGACGAAAUUCUUCAUAAACUUAUUGAAGAUUCCGACCGAAUUGGUCAACGAUGCAUUCCACACGUUAUGGAAUACACAUCUAAUCCACGUUUAGUUCGUGCACUUGGUUUAGUUACCCUUUACAUCACAUUUUGUAUGCAGAAGAAUCUUAAAAAGUCCAAGAUGACACUGUUUUGUGAUAUUGUUGAUAUUUCAUGUCAAAUCUUAUCAUUUGUUGACCUUCGUCAUCCAGUUCUUCACCGUUCUAGCAAAAACAAUAUUUCCAUUAUCUCUGACACCACAAAUCUCUUUCAACGCUAUGAACGAAAAUCACCACGCUUUUUCGGUAUUAUCAAACCAGCAUUUGAGAAAAUGCGUCAACUUUUAUCAUUGUCAACACCUCUUGAGAACGUCGAUUGUUCCGAAUACGAUUUUGGUGUUGACGAAUUCACAUUUUCACGUCGGUUUGUUGAACAAGAGACUACAUACAUUCGUUACAAGAAUCUUGGUUCACGUGGUUGUGAUUUUAGUAUUUUUCCAACAUGUAACUUAGAAGUUCUUGAUAACAUCGACAAAUAUCUUGAACGAAGUUGGUUUAACAUGUUUGACAUCCUUGAACGUCCUAAACAGAUCCGUGCAUUAUGUGUCACACUUCAACUUAUCUGGUCUAGUUUCAUCUUGACUAACUACAAUGUUGAAUUCAGUUACAGUAUUAUUCAAGCAUUCAUGAUUAGUAACCAUGGUAUCGAAGUUGAUCGUCUUGACAACGACCACUCGACCGAAUUAUUCAUUCGUCACAUGAUUGACCCAUACAUUGUUGGCUUGGAUUCAUUACUUACCGAUCACUUCGAUCACAAAGGUCUUUCUAAAUUAUAUUCUACUUCAUCAAUCGAAUUUUGGCGUCGCAUGCCAACAUCUAAAUAUUUGUUUGAUCUUAGAAUAUUCAACAAACAAAUUUUGAUUCAUCUUUAG